GCAUAUUGUCCAAUGUAUGUACAUAUCACAGAAAAGUUGAGGUGGUGGAACUGAGAAUCAUCAACCAGUACUCUACUUUUUCGUGAUUUUAAAAAGUUUACACAAACAAAUAUAUUAAUACUCCACAGUGAAUGAUAUAUACAUAAAGAAAUGUAAAAACAAGAAUUCAUUGUGUGAAAUGACAGAACCUCUACUUGAAGUGUUCCAUCUGCCCUUUCAUUCUAAAUGGAAAGCAUCUCCAACUCAUAUAUCUGAAACUGCAGAAGGAACCUGCUUCUCCAUGCUUCCAUUACCUUUCUGCAGCAACUAGUAAACCCUUGAACCAAAUUUCAGCUUGCCAAACUACUACAAAGUUUGACUGUUAAAAAGGCAUUGAAGUUCACUCAUGUCUGUUGAUGAUGUUAAGGCUGCUGCUAGUGAGUUCGCUAGGGGAUUUAAUCACAGUUACUACCACCCGUUGCACAUAGCAAUACUAAAAGGAGAUUGGCAAUCUACAAAGGCUUUUCUUGACAAUGACCCAAGUGCAUGGACUGCGAAGAUCACAAUACUCGGUAGGACUGCACUGCAUGUUGCAGCUGUAGGAGGGCAGUGGCAAAUUGUUGAGAAGUUGGUGCAACAUGUUCCUACAAAAGUGCUUGAAGAGUUGGACUUGAUGGGUUGUACUUGCCUGCACUAUGUUGCAAUGGGGGAAAGCAGAAGUGCUGCCAAGGCAUUGGUCACUAAAAAUCCUUCUCUGACACAACUAACUGACUUUAAAGGAUUCACACCACUUAUCUACAGUAUUACCUCCGCUAAAUGCAAAGAAAUGGUGUGGUACUUUGUUUUGAAUACUACAGAUGAGAGACCUGGUUGUCCUUUCUCUGGUCCUUCUGCUGCUCAACUUGUUGCUUUGCUUACUGCUGCAGGAUUUCAUGAUGUCACUAUAUAUCUUCUUCAGCGCUACCCAGAUUUGGCUACUCUCUCAGAUUCAAAAGGAAGCAUUAUACUUAAUGUUUUGUCAAAAUUGCCUUCGGACUUUCAAAGUGGAAAUAAACUUGGGUUUUGGAAAAGAUGCAUUUACCACUGUAUGCCAGAUGAACUUGAUUUUUUACCACCAAGUCAUCUGAGAGGAAAUUUGAAGGAUUCAUUUGGGAAUUCAAGCCAUUACCAAUCUUAUUUUGGAAGUACAAUAUGGGAUGGGAUUCAGAGUAUUGUUCCUGGAAUAAAGCUAGUGAGAGAGACAAAGUUGAGACACGCAUCUGCUGCGAGAUUGGUGGAACUCGUUUGCACACAGGUUUCAAAUUUGAAUGACACCGAAUUCUGGCAGUCUUUUGUGAGUGCAGACAUUGUUUUCAACGCCUCAUCAUCUGGCAUAGUUGAAAUUUUAAGGAUCAGUUUCCAGUUUUUUCCUGAUUUGGUUUGGAGUCACUUGCCAAAUGAAGGAUAUGUAGCUCAAACUGCCAUCAAGUAUCGGCAAGAGAAGGUUUUUAGUCUUGUAUGCAAUAUGCCUAUAGUUUGCAAGUUUUUAAUCCUGGCAUUAGACGAAUCACAAAACACCACAUCACAUUUAGCAGCAAGGUUUGCUUCUCCUCAACAGGCAUCAAUUUCUGGUGCAGCUUUUCAAAUGCAAAAAGAGUUGCAGUGGUUUAAGAAAGUGGAGCAAUGGGAUCACCCUCUUCAUAAAGAAGUUAAAAACAUAGAUGGUAAAACACCUUGGCAAUUGUUCAGGGAAGAGCAUAAGCCCUUGCUUGAAGAAGCAAAGGUUUGGAUGAAGGAUACAUCAAACUCUUGUAUGUUGGUGGCAACUCUUAUUGCCACAGUUGUCUUUGCUGCUUCUAUAACUGUACCUGGAGGAAACAACCAAGACAAAGGAUUUCCAUUAUUCUUGUCAGAUAACACAUUCAUGGUGUUCGUUGUGUCAGAUACAUUAGCUUUGUUUUCCUCCAUGGUUUCCCUUUUGAUGUUUUUAUCAAUUCUAACUGCACAUUAUGCAGAAGAAGAUUUUCUCAAGAGAUUACCUGAGAGAAUAAUAUUGGGUCUGGCUUCUUUGUUCUUUUCCAUAGUAACUACAAUGAUAGCAUUUGGUGCAGCCCUGGAUUUGUUGCUAAGGGAGAGAGUGGAAUGGGUGUCAAUCCCAAUUGCUCUUCUGGCAUGUGUCCCAGUUGCUCUAUUUGUGAGGCUUCAACUUCCCUUGUUCAUACAAAUGAUCAUAUCAACUUAUGGUUCUUCUAUAUAUCAUCGUCAAAGUCUUUGGUAAGGCUUUUGUGUUGUCCCAGCAUAUGAAAAAUAGGACAAAGAAUGGAUACAUAAAAUCAUAUAGUAGUUAGUGUAAGCAGGUGAUGGCUUUAGCUUUGGAAUUUGUUUUUAUUGAGUAUAGUCCAAAGUUGGUUUUACAACAGUGAACUAUAAUGAAAAUAGAAUUUGACCAAA